AGAUGGUUAGAGGGCAGAUUUUCGAUGGACAUGCCGCGUGAUGCCAGGUGGACGUGGAGCGACUGUAGCCGCGAGCAAAGUCGAUGUCUGCCGAUCGGGUGGCCUACGUCCUUCAAGAUUGACCUCCCCCGCCAGUACAGAUGGUGGAGUGUUGUCUCUCCUACCAUGUUAGGCCCGCUAUCGUGCAGACCGGUUGACCUGCUUGCGACUGACCGCUUUGAGCAGAUGGGGUUUAAAAUAGAUCCUGUAUGGCUGCUCGCCCUUUUAAGGCUGCAGGGGGAUUCUGCUCAAAGGAACACAGUUCUUCAUCGUGGUGGGCUUCAGGGCCAUCGUCCCAGAAGAACCCCUUUACUCAAAGAGCGGCACAUCAGAGCCAGACUGAGGUUUGCCUGUGAACAUUUCAAAGAGGCCUUCCGCAGAGUUGUUGUGAGCUAUGACUGACCGUCGGCCUGCUUUCCCGAGAUGAGAGCGUUCGCCCAUGCACUUUAGCGCCCCCUAGCGCCUCCCGAGCAGCCGCAGCAGCAGCCGAUGAGCAGAGCGCUUUGGCCUCCUCGCCCCCCGGCCCUGUCCACAGCCAGCAGGAGAGACCCCCUUCCAGCAUGUUCCAGAGGCUCACCAGCAUCCUGUUCGGGGACGAGGCGGAAGACGGCAGCGAGUGCCCCGUCGACCCGGCCUUCAAUGAGAAGGAGGACGAGGAGGACUGGAUCCUGGUGGAUUAUUUAGCAGCAGACCCCUGCGUCAGCCCCUGCCUGGAGCUCCCGGCGGGGCUGUGCCCUCAGGACCUCCCGGGCCCUGACUGCCCCGUGCGCUACUCGUCCUGCUCGUCCCUGGACUCGGCGGCGGACGAUGCGGAGGACGGGGGCUUCCUGCGGCUGGAGGCGUGCGCCCUGGAGGAGAGCUGGUUCAUCACCCCGCCGCCCUGCUUCACAGCCGGGGGCCGGGGCCCGGUGCUGCUGGAGACCAGCCCGCUGGAGAACCUGCUGAUCGAGCACCCCAGCAUGUCCGUCUACGCCGUGCAUGCGCCCCGCCGGGCCCUCAGGGAGGGGGCCUGCCGCUCGCUGGAGCAGCCCCUGCUCAGAGUGGAGGCUCCACGCAGGCCCAGCACCCACGCGGCCUGUUACUCCACCGCCCUGUCGGCCCGCAGCUUCCCGGAGCCGCCCAAGCAGGGCCGCCUGGCCCAGCGGCCCCGGGACGGCCCCGAGAGGCAGCACCUCUCCCGCAACGCCCUGCGCCGCCUCAACCUGCUGCGCGACGGCACAGCCCGGCAGGCCAAGAGCGGCAACGGUGUGCAGGUGCACCAGCCGGGCCAGCGGCAGUUCAACUACUGACCCCCCCCAAACCCGCCCUGCUGGACCCACCGCCAUCCACCUCCCCUCUCCCCAACCGCCCUGCUGGACCCACCUCCAUCCACCUCCCCUCUCCCCAACCGCCCUGCUGGACCCACCUCCAUCCACCUCCCCUCUCCCCAACCGCCCUGCUGGACCCACCUCCAUCCACCUCCCCUCUCCCCAACCGCCCUGCUGGACCCACCUCCAUCCACCUCCCCUCUCCCCAACCGCCCUGCUGGACCCACCUCCAUCCACCUCCCCUCUCCCCAACCGCCCUGCUGGACCCACCUCCAUCCACCUCCCCUCUCCCCAACCGCCCUGCUGGACCCACCUCCAUCCACCUCCCCUCUCCCCAACCCGCCCUGCUGGACCCACCGCCAUCUCCCCUCUCCCUGUAUCCUCACCUCCCCUCUCCCCAACCAGCCCUGCUAGUCCCACCUUCAUCCACCUCUCCCUACCCCCUUCCCUUUGCUCCUGUUCCACCUCCACUUUCCCAGGCCUGAGACACACACCCAGCCACGCUGGGAGUCUGUCUCUGUGGUAAAGACACGAUUGAGUCGGCCAGAAUCGAUGCCGUAGGUCACUUUACUCUGUGGCAGGUUCCCUCUGAUUGGGAGGCGGUGCCAGAGGCUGUGCUGAAAAUGAGUGUGGCUUCAAAGCUCUUGAAUGGUUGUGUGCGUUUGUAAAUCUCCUCACAUCCUGCGUGUUAGGGUACCAUUUCUUUCAGUGCCCUUUGCCUUGCAGUGGUUUCAAGCCGAAGGACUUGACUACAAGUAGGACUGUGAUUUAACUGAUCAGUCAGUUUAAAUUGAUCAGGGUUUCCCUCUAAGAAAUUUCCUGGUUGUGGUCCCACUGUUCUGUUAGAAGAGAAUUUCACAGUAAGCCCACAUUAAGAAAUUUCCGAAGCUGGCACAUGCUCAGCAGUUCUUAGAGCAUAAUCUGUGCCAUGUUUUCUACUUCAGGACAUCUCUUUCACUGUUUUCUUAAGCCCCAACAGACUUAUUCAUGCUUUUGAAUGUGUGGAUGUACUGUUGCACAGCAUGGGGAGGUUGGACAAAAUAUUGGAAGCACCAAACAAUAUAUGAAUAUCAAGUAACUAACUAAUAAGGACUAGGGCCACCAUGGCUUCAGUCCUUCUUGGAAUGCUGUCAUACAGGUUCUGACCUGUUUGGAGUGGGUACAUUUUAUUUGCCUCAGAAAGGCUCCGGUUCUUCACAUAAAGCAUCAAUGAUGUUUAGAUCUGGUGAGUCUAUUGAAUUUGAGUGUGUAUUAGAGCGUAAUUAUCAUGCAAUGGAGUAUGGAGAUAUCACCACUAUUUGCCCCAUAAGGUGCACCUGGUUUUGAAAAAUGGCAUCAUAUUUUUUUGGCCAUUCUACAACCAUACACAGGAAUCCCUAGACACAAACUGUUAAACAUGGUGGUGGAUCUGUAAUAGCCAUCUCAUGGGAGUCAAUGUAAGAGACAUUGCGGGUUGAAGGCUUCCUUUGGCUUUCUCCAAAUGGAACCCUGUCUAGAUGUAGGAGAAAGGAGUAAGAGACUCAUCAGCUCAUGUUACUUUUUUCAGGUGCUCAGGGGGCCAAGAUUUGUGCUUCUUACACCAGGUUAUGGGUCUUUGUGCAUUCGUCUCGGAUACAAGCGGUUUCCGAGUGGCAACCCUGCCACGAAAGCGAGCUGUUUGAGGCUCAUGACAUACAGUUCUUGUUGAGACCUGGUCACAACUCAUAGUUUUUUGGGGUGUUUAGCACCUAUCCUCUUAAGUGUUCAUCUCUCCCUGUUGGUGAGCUUUGACUUUUGACCAUUGUUCUGCUUGUUUGUGCUUGGCAUAUGUGAUCAGAAUUGUUGGCACUGUUCCCCUUGCCGCAUUGAAUAAUUUAGUAGUUUUUGUGACGAUGCACCUGCAAUUCGGGUACUGAUUAUUUGGGCUCUUUGGAACUGUUUAGUUGCCUCAUGUUGCUUUGUAAACUCGCGUGUAUACUCUUUUAAUAGCGGAAACUUACUGCAAAUUGGAAUUCAACAUAAUAUGACUCGACUGUGUAGCACUAGCUUCCUUUGUAAUUGUAAUUUACAGUUACUUCAAAGUUAGUCACUUUUUCACGUGGCAUUUCUGUUAUUUUGUCCAACCUUUGGUGUGUGCGCGUGUGUUUGUGUGUAUUGUUUUAAUGAAUGAAACUACUGCGCAUGGAACUAUCAGGGAAGCCAUGACCUCAUUCCAUUCUAGAGCUUGCACCUCUCCACCUUAGAGUGAACCUGCCCAAAAUCGAUACUUUCACACUAUUUUUUUAGUCUUUGGAAAAAUACUGGGUUCAUUAUCACUAAACGCCUUCUUUUAGUUUUGGAUUAAGCUAAAAUAAAUAAUAAAAAAUAAAAAAUAAGUAAAAAAUGGACAAAAUAGAAAAUGGAAAAAAAAUUAUGAAAAAGAAAAUCAAGAAAAAUAUUACAUAUCAGUAUGAAGUUCAUGUAUGAGUGUGUCAUGUACAUAUGUAUGUAUGCAGCAUUCUGGCUAUGCUAGCGUGUGAUUUUGUUGCAUGGUUGUGUAGUGAUAGAGAGUUGGAAAAAAUGAAAAAAGUCAAUUGUUUUAAUGUAUCUUUCAUAAUAUUUGUUAAAUCUGCAGUACAAUUCUCAGGGUUAAGAAAGUUCACCUUUACACUUUAUUAAAAUGCAGAUUACUUGACAACCAUUUAUUGUCUUUGUACAUACUGUACCUUCCAUAUUUGUCAUUGAGAACAUGUAUGAUAUUGCUUUGUGAAAAUGUUGUAGUCUAUGGACCUUUUAAAGAAAUGUGUGUUUCUUAAGAACUGAACAGAAAUUAAAUACUUUGCUGGUCUGAGGACUGUGAAAAUGAGCUUUGCUUUCUAGCUCAAAAUCUUCUCAAUCGACUGUUAAAACCAAUCCGAAGAUGGAGUGCAACUGUUAGUCUUUUUAUUUUGUUUCGGUUCGUUUUAUUUGUUCUAUAAUGUACGUUCCAAGGUUUUGUAUUUUCCUUUUUUUUUACUUGUUUAGUUACAUGUAAUGGAGAUGUAUUUAAAUAUUUAAACCAAAAACUAGCAACCCACUUUAUCUCUGCAGUAGUUUGUAUUUCCUGAUUUUGUUUUUGUAUAGCCUUUGUGUCAGUAAUCAGAUGUUUGUAACGGAGAUCCCAGUGUUCUCACAAGCAGUGUUUCUGUUGAGUGUCUCCACUGUCUUGGGACAAAAAUAAGGAUAUAUCACAGUCUUGUGCCUCUGAAAUGCAAUGAUGUCAACUCAAAAUGCUGGUGAAAGUGGGAAUUAUAACUGACUCAAACUCUUGUCCAGUUAACAUUACUUGAGGCAAUCUCCAAAUAAUUUAUGUAUAACCAAAUAUAAAGCAUUUUACUAACUAGGGGAAAAAAUAACCUGUUGUUUUUAGCAUGUUUGGCCAUGAAGUACUUACCUAGUGUUUAUUAGGUGUGUGUGAGAGAGAGAGUAUGGGCAUGUGUUUGUACAGAUAUAUUCAUACAGAUUUAGUGGAGUGAUUUAUUCCCGCUGUUCAAGUUUUGUUUGGAUUUUCCAUUCAUUUCAACUUGCAUACUUUUUCCACAAGUAUAUUAUCUUAGAUGCAAGGUCAACCGACAAAGGGAAGGCUAAAGAUCACUGAAACUUCACUUUUUGAUGUUUAUUGCUGGAAGGAGCUGUUUAUUCUGUUCUCAGCUGAAUCACUUUUGAUGUUAUAACAGGGAUUCUUAUUUUUGCCUUGAAUUGUGUUUCGGAUUAUGUGCCUUCCAGGUUAACAGUAUGACAAUGCAUUAAUGAAUAACUUGAACUGUCCAAAGGGACAAUACAAAUGAACGCAAAUCAUCUAUGCACAGGAGGUAGCUUUUUCUGUGAGCCACUUGCUCUGUACAGCUUUUAUACACAGAUGUAGCAAUUUUUCCCUUAUGUUUAAAGUGUGAAGAACAUUUUAUGUGGCAUUUCUCACCAAGUGUUAGACUCUGCUUGAUUGAUUUAGUUUACUGGAAUAAUACAGCACUUUGCCAAAAAGUGUAGAAUUUAGCAUUAACUGUUAUUUGUCUAAUUUUUGAUCUCAUACUUAUUUGUUCAGAUAUGGCAAAUUAAUAGAGUGCUGGUUGCACUUACUGUUUUGUAUGGUCAGCAUAAUAUGGACAUGAGAAAGUACUAGUCUGUUUCAAAACUGCAACAUUUAAGACCUGAUUUGUGUAUGUGAUGUAAGCCACCAGUCUUCAAUAAAUGUGUUUUAAUAAA